AUGUGUGACAGUGAGAGACAGGUGCCUUGGUGGCGUGAAGCUGUUGUUUAUCAGAUUUGGCCAAAAUCAUUCUAUAGCGCUCGAGGUACAUCUACAGGUGAUAUCCAAGGCAUAAUCGAAAAGCUGGACUACCUCAAAUCGCUAGGGGUAGACACAGUUUGGCUUUCGCCGCAUUAUGCAUCGCCUAUGGUCGAUGAGGGGUACGAUAUCUCAGACUAUCAAGAUAUCAAUCCACUCUUUGGCACACUUGCAGAUGCGGAUGAAUUGAUCAAACAAUGUCAUGAUCGUCAAAUGCGAGUAAUUUUUGACUUGGUUGCCGCAUAUACUUCCGAUCAGCAUAAAUGGUUUCAAGAAUCCUGUUCAGCGGCAGAAGGGAACCCGAAACGGGAUUGGUACAUUUGGCGACCGGCAAAAGUGGAUGCUAAUGGCAAUCGAAGACCUCCUACCAAUUGGGCAAGUUCUUUUGGCGGCAGUGCCUGGGAAUGGAACGAAGAACGUCAACAGUACUACUUGCACACCUACACCAAACAGCAGCCUGACCUGAAUUGGCGAAAUGAAGAAUGCAGAAAAGCAAUUUACGAGAAUGCCAUCGAGUUUUGGCUCAAGCGUGGUCUUGAUGGAUUCAGGGUUGAUACGUGUAAUAUUUACUCAAAACCUGAAGUUUUCACAAAUGCACCAAUCACCAAACCAGAGGCAGAAUGGCAAUCUCCCGAUUCAAUCAUUGCAAAUGGUCCGCAUAUCCAUGAAUACUUGAAGGAAAUGGGUCAAAUUUUCGAAAAGUAUGAUGCUGUUUCCGUUGGUGAGCUAGGAAGAUCGACAAGUACAGAAGAGGCAUUGAAAUACGUUGCCUCUUCCGCUAAAGAACUUUCGAUGGUUUUUUUGUUUGACGUCGUCAAUAUGGGUCGUGUGAAAGGCGAAAAGUUCACUCCAAAGCCAUGGACGGUAAGCGAAUUAGCCAAAUUGACCGAGAAACUCCAAACAUAUGUUGACGAUCAUGAUGCUUGGCAAACAACACUGCUGGAGAGUCAUGAUACCGCAAGAAGCGUUUCACGGUUCAGCAACGAUUCACUCAAGUUUCAUUCUAUUUCGGCUAAAAUGCUGUGCGUGUACACGGUUAUGCUGUCGGGAACACUUUUUUUGUAUCAAGGGAUGGAUAUCGCGAUGACCAAUAUACCAUCUUUCUGGGGCCAGGAAGAAUAUUUGGAUGUACAAACGAUCAAUUUUCUCAAGGAACAGCGUGAGAAGGGAAAAAGUGAGACAGAGAUCAAUCAAUUGAUGCGAGGUAUCAACCUACUUGCCCGUGAUAAUGCGCGAACACCUGUUCAAUGGGGCGACGGUCCAAAUGCAGGAUUCACAGCAGCGAAUGCUAAACCGUGGAUGCGAAUAAAUGAUAAUUAUAAACAAGUUAAUAUCGCACAACAAGAAACGGAUGGAGAUAGCGUAUUAAACUUUUACCGAAAGGCCAUCGCUGUUCGAAAACAGUAUCCGGCUUUAUUUAUUAAUGGUAAAUUCUCCCUCUUACUCUAUUAUGAUGACAAGCACGAAGGUUCAAAAGUAUUGGCUUUUGCAAAACUUGAUCAAUCUCAUUCUGAAGAAAAGAGUUUUCCGAAAGCUAUUGUCCUUCUCAACUUUAGUGCAGGAAUGCAAGACGUACCAAUCGAUGGUUUGCAAGAAGGCAAGGUUCUCCUUUCCAAUUAUUCUCCUGAUGAACCCUCCGAGAGAUUACAGCCAUAUGAAAGUCGAGUUAUGAUCUUGUAAAUCGGUAAAUGACAUCACGUGUUGUGUGCGGCCUUUCAGAGCAUUUCACUAGCGUUCGUUGUGGAAUAGUGUCAGUAUUACAUAAAUUGGGCUUGAUGUUCGCCAAGACCCGUUGAGAGAAAAAGCCACAAUUGAAACAAUCAACGCGUCAAUCUUUAGAAACA